AUGCUUUGGCGCGAGGGGGCUUACCGCGCCGCUGCGGUGGUGUUUUUCACGCGAACCGAUGGCGGUGCUGUUGCAAAAGUCCUCGUGGCCGUGGAGGAGAGAAAAGUGAAGGCAAGCUUCUUGGGCCUCGAAGACAAAGGCAAAAUCGAAGAGCGCUUGGUGGUGUUUCCCAUGGGGCGCAAGGAGAAGAAGGAUAAGAAUGAUCCUGUCGAAACGGCAAAGCGUGAGUAUAUCGAGGAGACCCUGGACUAUGGCUCCUUGGCCAGGUACUUGGACUUUGCAGACUUCGACGGAGGUGGUGACAUCGAAGCAACAAGACUGGCACCGGGGAGCAAAGUUCCCAUGACUUGGAGCGGUGCCGACAACAUGGCGCUCUAUUUCUCGCCUGCCGGCCUGACGGUCCUCUUCUGCGAGGUGCCAGCAGAAGAGGCAGAUGAGCCAGGACAUGAGCCUCCUGCCAAGAAGCAACGUCAAGAGGAAACAGCCGCAGAGCUUCUGUCAAAGCCGAAACCGAGUCCCAGCUACCAUGUUGGAAAGGUGGGACAUUUGCACUCUGUUUGGCUCGAUGCAGAAUCCUUGCGAACUGUCGCGUUAUCCAAGGACAAGGCUCCAAAGCUGAGUCUAGAAGGACAGGACUGUCGGUUUUUCCCUACGAGUGCCAGCGUGUUGCGGCUUCCGGAGGCUCGAAAGUGGCUCGGCGUGACACCGGCUUCUUGA